UUUGAAGAGUGGCAUAUGUUUGAGCAGUGUGGAUCUGCUUUUCUUUCUCUGAGGGAGGAGCACCUAAACCAAACAUUGUGAUGUGUUGUUCGUUGUUGUUUGUUGUUACUGAGCAGUUAAAGCAAUUAAAGCAGCAGAAAGAAUUCUUCUUCUUUUCCUGCUUUUUAUGCCACUCCGGGUAACUCGAUUUUUGCCCACUCAAAAGCUCUUGUCUCUUUCUUCGCUGCUGGGACCAACUCUUCUUCUUCUUCUCCAACUACAAUGAAUGAAUCUGAUGCCCACCCUGCUCCUGAUUCUGAGUCCCACUCCAUUGCUGAAGUUCAGCGUACCGACGCCCAGGACUUUGACCACGACGACUUGUCUGAGGUCGACGAAGAUGCUCCGGAGCCAGAGGAAGACCCCUUUAGCUUGUCCAUUCACAAGAAGCGAAGCUCUUCUCAGGCCAACACCCAGUACGACGACCAUCCUGUCCCUGUUGUCAAUGGUAUUGGUGUGAGACUGUCCAGAAAAGAAUAUGGGCCUGGCCUUUCUGCCGGAAACCAAUCGUACGCCAACACAGAGGAGGUAUUGGACUCCAAUGAAAGAAGAAAACGAGAAUACGAAGAGAAAUUAGAUGCUGCUGUGCAAAGCUUGUCCAAAAAGAAAAAACGAAAGAAAAUCGAUUCAGUUGAUUUGGAACAACAGCAAGAUGCCAAGAUUGAAAGAUUGAAAAACGAAAUGGCCUACGCUGCUGAGCAAGAUGAAGCUGCUCUGAAUAACAAAAUUCCGGCUACAAACAAACUACUAUUAUUGCCAAAAGUCAAGGAAAUCUUACUAAGAGCUGAUUUGGCUGACUCGAUAUUGGAUAACAAUUUACUAGCUGCCAUCAGGAAAUGGCUAGAACCUUUGCCUGAUGCCUCACUUCCUGCUUUUGAAAUUCAAAAGUGUUUAUUUGACUCAAUCUCGAAAUUGCCCAUAAAAACGAUUCACCUCCAGGAAUCUGGGUUGGGCAAAGUCAUGCUAUUUUACCAGAAAUCAAAAAGAGUUGAACCCUCCUUAAAAAGACAAGCCGAUAGAUUAGUAGGAGAAUGGACUAGACCAAUUAUGAAUAAAUCAGACAGCUAUAAAAACAAAACCAUUCAAAAGGUCGACUUUGAUAUAAAUAAAUUCCUUAAGAGAAAAUUUGCUAGUCAAAACUCAAAUCAAAACUCCUUAUCCAAAUCAAUGCAAAAUAAAUCGACUGCCUCAAAUGAUAAACAAAACAGAAAAUCCAUUUAUGAGGAAAAAGCUGAAGGAAGAAAUAGAACUGUUGCUCCAGAAGUUAGAACAACCGCCUAUAGAAUCGCGCCAGUUGUUGAUAUCACGACUUUGAACACCUCAAAGACUUCUCAAGCUGCUUUAGCUGGUGUAGGCGCUUCUCUAAAUAAAGACGAACAAUUUAAAAGAAUUAAGAAUAAAAUGCAAUAUAUCAAUAAAAAGAAAGCAAGAGCUCAAGGUGGUGUUAGUAUUGAAGGCAGAAAUCUUUCUUGAUUUCAUUUCCUCUGUUCUUUUAAUUAUAUUAUCUCCAACAUUUUUGCUUCAUUUUUCAUAAUUUUCAAAAUUUUCAAUUCAUGUUUUACUUUUAUUUAUUCGUUUUAUUAACAUCUAUAAUUCAAUUUCUCAAAAAUGGUCUCUAAUUAAUAUUGUAUUUUAUCUUUAAAUAGAUUAGGUUCUUUCUUUUAAGUUAUAACUAUAUUUUUUUGCUUACUAUCUUGAAAAGUA